CAUCCAGAGUUACUGGGAGUACAUUCGACGUUUGUGUGUAUGAUUUAGCUGAUCGUUCACCAUGCCGGAGAAAAACGGCCCGAGUGGGUCAGACUGUGUGCAGGUGUGUGUCAGAUGUCGACCACUUAAUGACAAGGAGAAGGACCAGAGCUGUACAAUGUGUGUUAAGGUAGAUGAGAUGAGAGGUACCAUCACGGUGAAAGGCCCCAACACAGGCUCUGGAGAACCUCCUAAAACCUUCACAUUUGACACAGUGUUUGACACAUCCUGUAAACAGGUUGAUGUGUACAACAAGUCAGCCAGGCCUAUUGUAGACUGUGUACUGGAGGGAUACAAUGGAACCAUAUUUGCGUAUGGACAGACAGGCACGGGGAAGACUUUUACCAUGGAAGGGGUUAGAUCUGUACCGGAAUUAAGGGGAAUCAUUCCUAACUCAUUUGCCCAUAUAUUUGGUCACAUCGCAAAGGCAGAAGGAGAUACUAGAUUUUUGGUGCGAGUUUCAUAUCUAGAAAUUUACAAUGAGGAAGUUAGAGAUCUGCUUGGUAAAGAUCAAGCCGCUAGGCUGGAGGUCAAGGAGAGACCAGAUGUGGGGGUGUAUGUGAAGGACCUGUCUGCAUUCAGUGUCAAUAAUGCUGACGACAUGGACAGAAUCAUGACCAUCGGGAACAAAAACAGACAUGUUGGAGCCACCAAUAUGAAUCUCCACAGUUCUAGAUCUCAUGCCAUCUUCACAGUCACUAUAGAAUGUAGUGAGAAAUAUCCUGAUGGUAAACAGCAUGUACGAGUGGGCAAGCUACAUUUGGUUGAUCUAGCGGGUUCAGAGAGACAGGCCAAGACAGGAGCCACAGGACAGAGACUGAAGGAGGCCACCAAGAUUAACCUGUCCCUCUCCACCCUGGGUAACGUCAUCUCGGCCCUGGUGGAUGGGAAAAGUACUCACAUUCCAUACAGAAACUCCAAGCUAACCCGUCUGCUGCAGGACUCACUCGGGGGAAACUCUAAAACAGCGAUGAUUGCCAACAUAGGACCAGCUGAUUACAACUACGAUGAGUCCAUUAGCACUCUCCGCUAUGCCAACAGAGCUAAGAAUAUCCAGAACAAAGCCAAGAUCAAUGAGGAUCCAAAGGACGCACUGUUGAGACAGUUCCAGAAGGAGAUCGAAGAACUCCGUAAACAACUGGACGAAGGGUCUGAUUAUGAGUCAGGAGACAGUGAAGAAGAGGAGAGUGAGGAAGAGGUGGGUGAGGAUGGUGUGGUCCGAAGGGUGAAAAAGAAGAAGAAGAAGCGAGGGAAAGGACAGAAAGAGCACAAACAUAUUUCAAAAGAAAAGAUGGCCCAAAUACAGAGUAAGAUAGAACAGGAUAGAAAGAUGUUGGAAUCAAAGAAGGACAUGGCUGAGGAGGAGAGGAAUAAGGUCAAAGAGGACCUGGAGGAGAAAGAGAUGGAGCUCAAGAAAUUCCAAGAGGAGCAGGACCAGUUAACCAAUAAACUGGCUGCCCUGGAGAAGAAGAUAAUAGUGGGUGGAGAAAAUCUUCUGGAGAAGGCGGAAGAACAGGAGCGGAUGCUGGAAGAGUCGGCCAAGGAACUGGAGGCCAGGAAGGUCAAGGAAGAGGCGCUCCGAAAGGCACUGCAGGAGAAGGAGCAAGAACAAGUGGACAUUGAGGAGAAAUACAGCUCCCUGCAGGAAGAAAUCCAAGGAAAGACCAAAAAACUGAAGAAAGUCUGGACCAUGUUGAUGCAAGCCAAGUCAGAGAUAGCAGAUCUACAGCAGGAACACCAGCGGGAGAUGGAGGGUCUGUUGGAGAAUGUAAGACAACUGAGUCGCGAACUCAAGCUACAGAUGACCAUCAUUGACAACUUUAUACCACCCGAGUACCAGGACAUGAUUGAACAGAAUGUGUCAUGGAAUGACGAUAUUGGGGAGUGGCAGUUGCGCUGUGUGGCGUACUCGGGUAACAACAUGAGGAAACAGUCACCGCAACCAGACAAAGAUAAGGAGAAGUAUACAGCUCCAGACCUCAGCAAUGUUUACCUAGCUUACACAGCAGAGACGGCAGAGAAAGCAAUGGAAAAAGCCAUGCGACCCAAAUCCUCCAAGUCAGCUCGACCAAAGUCCAGUCGACCCAAGUCAAGCCGACCCAAAAGUUCCAAAAAGAAGCAGAAGGAGGCGAAUAUAGAGGAUGUGAUACAGUGACUUGCUGCCGUACUGUGGACCCUGAUCAUCAUUGAGUUAGCCGUCAUACUCAGAUUGUAAAUAACAAACUGCUGGACAACCUUUAUCCUACAAAAACACUUCUUUUUAGUGAUACACAACUAAUUCCAUUCAAACGAUCAGUAUUCAGCAGACAAUGAUGUACACAACUAAUACUUGUUGAUUGUAGAACUUCCUUCUUGGAUUCAAAUGAUUUUAUUGUACAUUGCUUUGCUUCAUCAAGUUGCUACUUGUAAGAAAAAUGUAACAAUUAUUUAUUACUUUAUUUUUAUUUGUGAUAUUUUUUGUGACUAGUCACAGCUGAAUUCCAUCCAUUUUGUCCCUUUUGACUUAAAUUAUUUAGUGCAUUUAUAUUGACUUACUUUAUUAUUUGAUGAAUGAUUUGGGUUUUUUUUUUCUUAUUUCUAGUUUAUUUACACAUUCUAUUAGUGGUUGUAAUGAUGGAUAUUGAUAAGGACGUAAUUUUUUUUCGUAAUUUUUCUAAUUCUAGUACAUGUACAUGUAUUUUUAUCAUUGUAGAAAGUCCAAUCUAUCUACAGGGGGUAGCAAAAAAUUCUUUCGAUAAAAUUAAAUUUAUGUAUUUUUUCUUUAAAUUGUCUUAAUGUUGAUAAAUAAAUUUAAUGAAAAAU